UGAGGAAAUGUUUUCCUUUAUUCCCAUAAUGCACUUCGUUCAACAUGGCUGCCUCCACGUUGAGAUUUAUCGAUAUAGGCGUGAAUUUGACCGAUGGAAUGUUCAGAGGACUGUACCAUGGGUCGCAGAAGCACCAGGAUGACUUACAAGAUGUUCUUGAACGUGCCUUUGACAAUGGGGUUGAAAAGAUCAUGGUGACUGGUGGCAGCCUUCAGGACAGUAGGGAGGCACUUGAACUCGCCAAAACAAAUGAUGCCUUGUAUUGUACCGUUGGGUGCCACCCCACCAGAUGUGGAGAGUUUGAAGAGUCUGACCCUGAGUCCUACCUGGAGAAACUCACAGAACUAGUAGAGAGCAACAGGAGCAAAGUGGUGGCAGUAGGGGAGUUUGGACUGGACUAUGACAGGCUCAACUUCUGUGCAAAGGAAACACAAUUAAGGUAUUUUGAGAAGCAACUAUCCAUUGUGGAAAGAACCCGGCUGCCCAUGUUCCUACACUGUAGGAAUGCUGCCUCUAAUCUUGUCGAUAUCUUAUCAAAAAACAAAGACAGGAUCACCCAAGGUGUGGUUCACUCUUUUGAUGGUAGCAAAGAAGAUGCACAGAGAAUAUUAGAUCUAGGACUUUACAUUGGAAUCAAUGGCUGCUCUUUGAAGACUGCAGAAAACUUGGAAACAAUGUGCUCCAUUCCCAGUGAUAGACUCAUGAUAGAAACAGAUGCCCCAUGGUGCGAGGUGAGGCCAAGCCAUGCAGGAGCCAAGCUUCUAAAGACAACUUUUCCAACAAAGAAGAAAGAAAAAUGGGAGAAAGGGCACUGUGUCAAGAGCAGGAAUGAACCUUGUCAUAUUGUUCAGAUUCUGGAGGUGAUGGCUGGAGCCAGGAAGGAGGAUGUGACAGAAUUAGCAGGUGUUCUUUACCACAACACCAAGGAAGUAUUCUUUCCUGACAAGUAACCUAUUUACAGAAUGCUGUAGUCUUUCCUGGAUAGGAUUCAGUAACAAAGUAAACUUAACCAGAUGUAAUUUACUUGAAGUACUUUAUUGUUUGCAGCUUUGUUACAGACCUGCACAUGAUUGUGAUAUUGUUACUGUGAACAUUUUUAUUUAAGAUAAAUCACUUCAAUAAAAUCAAUGUCACAAUUGUUA